CAAUUGAACAUCUGAUCUUAAAUCUUUCUCCUUUUCUUUCACUUUCCGAUCAAAAAUGCCGCCGCGGUCCUCGAUCGAGCAGGAAUUAAUGUCACCAUCCACCCCCAAAAAGUUCAAGACCGAUCGAUCUGUCCGACAAUUUCAUCGAUGUUUCGCCUCCACCAGUACAAUAUUCCUCUGUGCUCUAUUCCUCAUCGUCCUAACCGCGUCAUUUUUAAGCUUCCGAAUCUUUAUCGGUGGUUCCACUAAAUGGUGUUAUUUCGAAAACCAAGUAAGAUCUUCCGCCCAUAUCCAUCGAUCAGGAGGCUUCUCCGUCUUAGUCACCGGCGCCGCCGGUUUUGUCGGCACCCACGUCUCCCUUGCCUUAAAGAAACGAGGAGACGGCGUUGUUGGGUUAGAUAAUUUCAACAACUAUUACGACCCUUCAUUGAAAAAAGCCCGUAAAAAACUCCUCAAUUCGAAUAAUAUCUUCAUUAUCGAAGGUGAUAUCAACGAUGCGCGCAUGUUAGCAAAGCUAUUCGAAAUCGUCCCUUUUACUCACGUAAUGCACUUGGCUGCGCAGGCUGGCGUACGUUACGCCAUGGAAAAUCCCGGUUCAUAUGUUCAUAGUAACAUCGCCGGUUUGGUUACACUUCUAGAAGCCUGUAAAAAUGCAAACCCACAACCCGUUAUCGUUUGGGCAUCUUCAAGUUCGGUUUACGGGUUAAACGAGAAAGUACCAUUUUCUGAAUCGGAUCCAACAGAUCAACCCGCUUCACUCUACGCCGCUACAAAGAAAGCCGGAGAGGAAAUAACUCAUACGUAUAACCACAUCUACGGUUUAUCCAUAACGGGUCUUCGUUUCUUCACGGUUUACGGGCCAUGGGGAAGACCCGACAUGGCUUACUUCUCUUUCACCCGUAAUAUCCUUCAGGGGAAACCGAUUACGGUUUACCGGGGCAAGAACCAUGUUGAUUUAGCCCGGGAUUUCACUUACAUUGAUGAUAUUGUGAAGGGUUGUGUCGGGUCGUUGGAUACUGCAGGGAAGAGUACUGGGUCGGGUGGGAAGAAAACGGGUCCAGCGCCUUAUCGGAUAUACAAUCUGGGUAAUACGUCACCGGUGACGGUGCCGACGCUUGUUAGUAUCUUGGAGAAGCAUUUGAAAGUGAAGGCUAAGAAGAAUGUAUUGGAUAUGCCCGGAAACGGCGACGUUCCGUUUACUCAUGCGAAUAUAAGCUUGGCCCGAAGGGAAUUGGGGUAUAAACCGACAACCGAUUUGCAAAACGGGUUGAAGAAGUUUGUUAGGUGGUAUCUAUCAUAUUAUGGUUACAAUCAAGGCAAGCCUUUAAAUUGAUAUUAUUAUUAUUAUUAUUAUUAUUAUUAUUAUUAUUAUUGAGAUAAACAAUAGACAAUGCUUUGAUCUCAUCAAAUAACUAGUUAACAACAGUUUUUGUUUUGUUUUAUUUUAUUUUAUUUUAUCACUUUUAUGACUUUUUCCUUUUAUUAUA